UUCGCAAAAUUUGAUGACGUUUACAGCGAAAUAGUCAACCUUACUUGGUCGAUAAAUUAUUUUGAUUCAUCACCUGUGUUGAAGAAAUAGAAACUGGAUGAUCAUCUGAAAGAGAAAUAGAAGAGCAUCAAAUAAGAAAUUAUUCCAGCUGAAAGAAAAAAUUGUGAUACAAACCAUUUUUGUGAAGACAUUAACAAUUACUUGUAUUUACUAUGGAAAUGAACUAAAGAGAAAACCAUGAAUAAUUCUGUUCAACCCAAGUUUUACACUGUAGAGGUUGGGGACUCUACAUUUACAAUACUUGAGAGGUACCAUAGUCUGAAACCAAUAGGAUCUGGUGCACAAGGAAUUGUGUGUGCUGCUUGUGAUACUGUCACUCAAACAAAUGUUGCCAUAAAGAAACUGAGCCGACCCUUCCAAAAUGUAACUCAUGCCAAGAGGGCAUACAGAGAGUUUGUCCUUAUGGACUUAGUUAACCAUAAAAAUAUUAUUGGUUUGUUAAAUGUUUUUACACCUCAGAGGACAUUAGAAGAUUUUCAAGAUGUAUAUCUUGUGAUGGAGUUAAUGGAUGCCAAUUUGUGCCAAGUGAUUAACAUGGACCUGGACCAUGAUAGAAUGUCGUACUUGUUAUACCAGAUACUGUGUGGUAUCAAACAUCUACAUUCUGCUGGUAUUAUACACAGGGAUUUAAAACCAAGUAAUAUUGUUGUGAAGUCAGAUUGUACAUUAAAGAUAUUGGACUUUGGAUUAGCAAGAACACAAGGGACAGGUUUUAUGAUGACCCCUUAUGUAGUCACAAGAUAUUAUAGGGCACCUGAAGUUAUAUUAGGCAUGGGAUAUAAAGAAAAUGUUGAUAUAUGGAGCGUAGGUUGUAUAAUGGCAGAACUGAUCCGAGGAGCUGUCAUGUUUCCAGGAAGUGAUCAUAUUGAUCAAUGGAAUAAAAUUAUUGAACAAUUAGGGACGCCUUCUAAGGAAUUUAUGCAACGAUUGCAACCAACAGUUAGGAACUAUGUAGAAAACCGGCCACGAUAUGCAGGGUAUAACUUUGAUAGACUUUUCCCUGAUGUGAUAUUUCCACAAGAUAGUACUGAACAUCCAGGCCUACGGGCCAGUAUGGCAAGAGAUUUGUUAUCCAAAAUGCUUGUUGUUGAUCCUGAAAAGAGAAUUUCCGUUGAUGAAGCUUUAAUGCAUCCCUAUAUACACGUAUGGUAUGACGAGAGUGAGGUCAAUGGGGUGAGUGUCCACGUCAGUGAAGCUCAUGUGCCUGCACCACAGCCAUAUGAUCAUACAGUUGAUGAACAAGAGCACACAGUCGAUGAAUGGAAAGACUUGAUUUACAAUGCUGUUAUUACGUAUGGUAAAAAAGAAAAGAAAAAAUCAGCUAUGCAAAACGAGGGAGAGACAAAAAUUCAGGAGUUUUCAUUAUCCAUUGACCAUAAGUAAACUGUAUCAGGAGCUCCUAACAACGAUGACAUGGUGACAGAUGGAGCCACUAACUCUAGUCAAAACCGAUGUCGAUAAUUAAUGUGUAUUAUUAGAUUAUAUUUUAUUCAUUGUUUGGUCAGAUUUUAUUCUGUAAUCAUAUAACAACAAAACAUACAUGUCAACAUUUUGGGAUAUUUUUCUGUACUUAGGAAAUGUACAGAAUAUCAACUCAUAAUGAUUUUUUCCAAAGAAACAUUUUCAAAGUUUGACUGACAUGCUAAAAAAUUCUUUUCUCCCAUUAUGUUUGAACAGCUAUGUAUUUUGUUUCUAUAACUUAUCUGUCUAUAAAACCUUAAAUAUAUAUGAAUGUAAAAAAAAAUAUGUACUAUUUGUUUCUGCUAAUAGAGUGCUUUCAAUGUCAUGCAAGAAAAUCU